UGUGUAGUGGUGGAGGAUCUGAGAACAGCCUUGUUCAAGCUGGAGAACAGAGUCCAGGUUCUGGAGAGAAGCCCAGCUGUUCCCUGUGCAAGGUGGGCGGUGACUGUUCAGUCUGUGAAGGUAGAGGAGGAGGAUGAUGAUGAUAUGGACCUCUUUGGGAGUGAUGAGGAGGAGGAUGAAGAGGUAGAGAGGCUGAAGGAGGAGAGAAUCGCUGCCUACGCUGCCAAGAAGUCCAAGAAACCAGCGCUCAUCGCCAAGUCCUCUAUCCUGCUGGAUGUCAAGCCUGUACGUUGUCCCUCUGUUCCAUGUCCCCUGUCCUCUGUCCUUCUAUCCUGCUGGAUGUCAAGCCUGUACGUUGUAGUUGUCCCUCUGUUCAUGUCCCUGUCCUCUGUCUUUUAUCCUGCUGGAUGUCAAGCU